AUGUACAGUGCUCUAUCGAGUCGUUUUGAGGCUCCCUCGCAAGUUAGUGGUGUAAUGAAAGAAAAAGUGCUGCAAAGGAGUGUGGAGCUUUCCUGGCAGGAACCUGAGCAUCCCAAUGGAGUCAUCACAGAAUAUGAAAUCAAGUAUUAUGAGAAAGACCAAAGGGAGAGAACUUAUUCAACAGUGAAAACCAGAGCCACUUCUGCUUCGGUUAAUAAUCUGAAACCAGGAACUGUAUAUGUUUUCCAGAUUCGUGCUUUUACUGCUGCUGGCUAUGGAAAUUAUAGCCCUAGAUUAGAUGUUGCUACACUAGAAGAAGCCACAGCCACUGCUGUUUCCAGCGAACAGAAUCCUGUAAUCAUAAUAGCUGUGGUAGCUGUGGCAGGCACAAUUAUCCUGGUUUUCAUGGUUUUUGGCUUCAUCAUUGGGCGAAGACACUGUGGCUAUAGCAAAGCUGACCAAGAAGGAGAUGAAGAACUUUACUUUCAUUUUAAAUUUCCAGGCACCAAAACCUACAUUGAUCCUGAAACCUACGAAGAUCCCAAUAGAGCAGUCCAUCAAUUCGCCAAGGAGUUAGAUGCUUCCUGUAUUAAAAUAGAACGUGUGAUUGGUGCAGGAGAGUUUGGUGAAGUAUGCAGUGGUCGUCUAAAGCUUCCAGGCAAAAGAGAUGUUGCAGUGGCCAUUAAAACCUUAAAAGUGGGCUAUACUGAAAAACAAAGAAGGGAUUUUCUUUGUGAGGCUAGCAUCAUGGGACAGUUUGACCACCCCAAUGUGGUUCACCUGGAAGGAGUUGUUACCAGAGGAAAACCAGUAAUGAUUGUAAUAGAAUACAUGGAGAAUGGAGCACUGGAUGCAUUUCUCAGGAAACACGAUGGGCAGUUCACAGUAAUUCAGCUGGUUGGAAUGUUGAGAGGAAUUGCUGCUGGAAUGAGAUACUUGGCAGAUAUGGGAUACGUACACAGGGACUUAGCAGCACGCAAUAUUCUGGUCAAUAGCAAUCUUGUUUGCAAAGUGUCGGACUUUGGUCUCUCCAGAGUUAUAGAAGAUGAUCCUGAAGCUGUCUACACCACAACUGGUGGCAAAAUUCCAGUAAGAUGGACAGGCCCAGAAGCCAUACAGUACCGGAAAUUUACAUCAGCGAGUGAUGUAUGGAGUUACGGAAUAGUCAUGUGGGAGGUGAUGUCUUAUGGAGAGAGGCCUUAUUGGGACAUGUCAAAUCAAGAUGUUAUAAAAGCAAUUGAAGAAGGGUAUCGUUUGCCAGCGCCCAUGGACUGCCCAGCAGGCCUUCACCAGCUGAUGCUAGACUGCUGGCAGAAAGAACGUGCAGAAAGGCCAAAGUUUGAACAGAUUGUGGGCAUUCUAGAUAAAAUGAUUCGGAACCCAAAUAGCUUGAAGACUCCUUUAGGAACCUGUAGUAGACCAAUCAGCCCUCUCCUGGACCAGAACACUCCUGAUUUCACAACAUUUUGCUCUGUAGGAGAAUGGUUGCAAGCAAUCAAGAUGGAACGAUACAAGGAUAAUUUUUCUGCUGCGGGUUACAAUAACCUUGAGACAGUAGCCAGGAUGACUAUUGAUGACAUAAUGAGCUUAGGAAUCACAUUGGUUGGCCAUCAAAAGAAAAUCAUGAGCAGCAUUCAGACUAUGAGAGCACAAAUGUUACAUUUGCAUGGCACGGGCAUCCAAGUGUGAUGAGACAUUUCUCCCUUCCAAGGGAGGGGACAGACUUGAGAGAACAGUGCCAGCCUUCAGUCUUCAUGAAGUGCUGCUGGAAGACACGAGCCUUCAUGCAGGUGACAGAAGGCCCACCAGAAGCACCUACAGACUUGAACUCCUAAGUGCCACCAGAAAGUUACUUAAAAAAGGGAAAACAGAUCUACUAAUGGCGGCAACAAAAGAAGUGACAAUAAACAAAGUACUACCUGAAACACCUACGAACACCUUGAACUCUCUAACCUCCUUUUUAUCUAAUGGACUUUUUAAAGUGUAUAUAAAGGAUUUUAAAAAGAAAGAAUAUAUUUGUCAGAUAAAAAUCAUGAUAUUGUUAAAAGUCAACCAAUAUUUUCCUUAAAAUUUUCAUUUCAAACUUGUUUUAAGAAAUCAGUUGUGUUCCUUUUUCAUAUGGAUCUUCUUUUAGUGUUGCAUUUAUAUCUUUGGACCUCCUUAGUGCUAAGCAUAUGACACAUUAUUACACUGGGGAGUUUUGAAAGAUUGUACAAGUUUCUAUAGCCACAAGAAGUGUAACAGGGAAAUGUGUAUCAGGCUAGCUACUGGGUGGGUGAAGCAGGGUUGGCCAGGAUUUUUUUUUUUCUUUUUCUAAUUUUGGCAUCUAUUUUUGUCUGUUUAUUCCAUACCACCUUGAUGUGGUUUGCUAAUUGGCAGGAAAUCAGGAAAGAAAAAAUCAUUGCCAAGAGUUCUGAUAUUUUUUAAAAUAAUUUUGUAUAAGUAAAUCACACACUCUUCUUUAAACAGGAAAUGAAUAAAAUGGUGAACCUAGCAAUAAUAUUCCCUAAAAAUGCCUAGGCACUUUUUAAGAAAUGGUUUGAAAGAUGGUUUUAGUAGGUUGCCUGGGUUAAAGGAAGCUGUACAACUGCAACUUUAAAUGGGUUGAAGCCCUUUCACGGAAUGAUUGAUGGUACAGUAGGUGUAUAAACAGAACAAGUACAAGUACUAUAGUGUUGCUUAGCCUUUUAAUCAGAGCACAUUGGGUGUUUGUUCUUGCAGGGGAUUGGGUAUCUUUUUAUUUUUUCAACAAUGUACAUUAGAAGAUCUAGGAGAAAUAAUAAGCAUAUGGCUAAUAUGAGAUUAAGAUGAAUGUAGUCCCUCUUGCAGAAGUAAAAAUGUGAGGAUGCAAUCCAGAGAAGAGUAGGCUUUCCUACAUUGCAUAUAAAUCCAGAAAAAAUUGCAUUCAGGUGGGUGGAUUACACUCUGUUUUUAUCAGCCAGGGCUUAUUUUCUGUCCAUACUUCUAUCAAUCAUACUGUUUGAAACGUGGGUAGGCAGAUGACCUCAUUGUUAGAUUGCUUUCCUUGUCAUAGACAAUCUCGUCUGUAGUGGCAAGCAAUGACAGGAACCCAGUCUGCAGCAAUUCACAUAAUCCUUACCAGUGUUGCUACUAAUAAUGUACAAGCCAGAUGUCAGGGUUCCAAGUAACAACCCAUAUGAAAUCAAAACACCAGGGUUGAACCCAGGUAUACAUAUCUUUCUCUGGUUCACACACUUAGAGACAAGCCCAGUUCAGAACGAGGAAGUCAUACACAUUGAAAUGAUUUCAAAAAUGUAACCAUGCUUUGAAAGUCCUAGGAUCUCAUGGGCCCCAAGUCUACCCAUCAUUCUCUGGAUUGCAAUUCUCUUGUGCAAGCUCUAAUGAAAUGAAUGACAGAUGGACAACAGAUAACAGGGCUUGCAUGGGACAUGUUCCUGUCAGAUGGUGCCUUUGGAUUUUCUAUUACAGGUGUAGGAAUAUAAGGCAAGUGGCACUUCAACAUUUCAUUGUGUGUAUGUGUGUGCGCGUGUGUGUUUUAAUGAGCUGCUCUAGGGCACAUUCAGAACUUAUGACUGAAAGACGAUUGUUGAGUGAGAGAACCGUUUUUUUAAAAAAAAUACCAGUUUUAAUUUAAUAUAUGUGUACUUGAGUUGAGUGAAAUAUAUAAUUACCAUAAGCAAUAACAAAGUGUGUCGCAGGACUAUAUAUGAAACAGGUGACUAAUGCUGUCAAAUAUAUGAAAAUCGUAAGCUACCCAGCAGUGAAUAGCUGUACUUCCAAAGAGAACUGGGAUGCUUCUAUUGGUUUUCAUGGAGAAAGAUCCCAGGGAUCAGUCAUAUAAAUUAAAGACUUGUUUGAUAAUGUGGGCAUCCACAAAAAGAAAAAAAAAUGGGAAAAAAAAUAACCCUGUAAAUGUUCCUUUGUAAAACUUGUACAUUUUAUUUAUACUGUCUUGUUUUGUACACACAUUUAUGUGCAGUGAGCUCUGAAUACAUUGAAAAUGCACUAUAUUUUUCUAUUUUACUUAACAGAGCAUCACAAAAAGGAACAUGUUUUUCAGUGCUAUAUAAUGUGUUUUCCCACGUUUAGGACCAAAGAUAGUUACAAAGAAUUCAAAUAGAUAAUUUGCCCUUCCUCCCAUUUUCUUUUUCCUUUUACAGCACUGUACAAUGUUUUAUUUGUUGUUUUAUUUAUUUAUUU